AUGGCGGUUGCACAAGUGCCCCGCAACUUCAAGCUCCUGGCCGAGCUGGAGAAGGGCGAGAAGGGCAUGGGUGCCGGUGCAUGCUCCUAUGGUCUGGAGGACCCGGAGGACAUCUACAUGUCCAACUGGCGCGGUACCAUUUGGGGCCCUCCGCAUGGCAACCACGAGAACCGCAUCUACGAGCUCAAGAUGAACUGCGGACCGAACUACCCGAAAGAGCCUCCCCUGAUCCACUUCGUCAGCCAGAUCAACCUGCCCGGUGUCAGCCCCCAGGACGGCCUUGUCGACAAGAACUCGAUCGGCAUCCUGAGGGACUGGGAGCGCAUCGCGGCCGAGCUCGCCAAGAACCCGAGGCCCAAGGACGACCAUCUGAGUCUCGAGUCUGCUCUCAUCGCGAUACGAAAGUACGCUCUACAUAUCCACCAUGCAUGGUACCGCGAACAAAUGCUGACCAUUGGGUUUCUUCUAGGCUUCGCCCUCUACAGAGCUCUCCUCCAGCAAGCCCCCAAGGUCCCUCUUCCAGGUGACCUCGUCGCCCAGUUCGGCCCUGUCCACCCCAUAAAACAUCUUAUCCGGGGAUCCUUCCGGCGCAACAAGAACGACACCAGCCAGCGGCUCGUUGCGGCCGCACUGGACAAUGGCUACCGGUGCCUCGACCUCCUAACCCGCGCUGCCAACCCUUCCUCCUCCGAACACGCCUCGAUCCUCUCCUUCCUCCACUCCCGCCUUGCCUCCGUCCUCGCCUCGCGCGCCUACUUCUCCGACCCGGCCAACCCGCCCCCGAAACACCCCUCCACGGCGCCGCACCCAGCCCGCACCCCGCUCCUGACCAAGGACCCCGCGACGGGCACGUACAGCCCGACGGCCCGGCCCCUCCCGCAGGAGAAGCUAGGCGGCUCCGGCCGGCGCAAGGUCCCGCGCCUCGCCGCCACCGCCGCGGGACACCCCUUCCUGCGCGUGCGCAAGCCCCAGUCCCCGGCCCUGUCGCGCGUCCUGCGCGACCUGGGCGACAAGCGGCAGGCGCGCAUCACGCUCGCGCUCGAGCUCGACGAGGAAGGCCGGUGGCUCGCCGAGACGGAGGACGAGUGGGAGGCGCGCCUGGGCGGCGCCGCCGAGGACGGCUCUGCUGGCGGGCCGGCCGCGAAGAAGAAGAAGGAGACGUACGCGGCCAGCGCGGUGCUGGGCAGGCAGUACCUCAACGGCAAGCUCAACGGCGAGAAGGCGGACAUGAUCGCGCGGGCGGCGGCGAUGCUGCGGGUCGUGGAGGCCGAGGCCGAGGCCGCGGCGAGGGAGAAGGAGGAGCGCAAGGCCAGGAGGAGGGCGGCUUGGGAGGCGAGGCAGAGGCUGGCUGAGGGAGAGGGGACGGAGAAGGGGCCUGCGUGA